AUGGCAAGAACCAGUCGUCAUGAGAAAAAAAAGACAUUUUCCAAUAUUGGUGAGACAACACCAGUACCCGAACAUCCAUCAUUAGAAGAAGUUUAUGAAGAAACACCUUUUUCAGAAGCAUUCUGGACCUAUUUGAAUUAUGUUAUGUUAAAUAUAUUUGGUUGGUUUCGUGAUCUGCUUCGAAAUGCUCGAAUUGAAAAUAGAAAAGGCUCAGCAGAAAAUAAUCCAACGGGUUUUGUUCCACUUUAUCAAAGUUAUGAAAGUUUUUAUACUCGUAAUGUUUACCAACGUAUAUCCGAUUGUUUUAAUCGACCCAUUGGUAGUGUACCAGGUGGCAAACUUGAUGUUCUCGAACGUGUUACUGAUGAUUACAAUUGGUCAUUUCAGUUUACGGGUAAUAAAAUAACAUCGAUCAAUCUUGGUUCAUACAAUUAUCUUGGUUUUGCAAAUAAUAGUGGGCACAUAGCAGAAAAUGUGAUUAAUACAAUAAAGACUGGUGGUAUUGCAACAGCAAGUACUACACAAGAGUUUGGCACACUAAUGCAACACCAAAAGCUUGAAUCUCUACUUGCUGAAUUUUUGGGUACUGAAGAUGCUAUCGCAUUUGGUAUGGGAUUUGCAACAAAUGCUCUCAACAUACCAUCAUUGGUCGGAAAGGGUUGUCUUAUAUUGAGUGAUGAACUUAAUCAUACAUCACUAGUUCUUGGUUCUCGUCUAUCGGGUGCUACAAUUAAAGUUUAUAAACAUAAUGAUAUGAUUCAUUUGGAAAAACUAUUGCGAGAUGCGAUUGUAUCUGGCCAGCCACGAACCCAUCGGCCAUGGAGAAAGAUUUUGAUGAUUGUUGAAGGAGUGUACAGUAUGGAAGGCUCAUUGUGUAAAUUACCAGAAUUGAUUGAACUUAAAAAGAAAUAUAAAGCAUAUCUUUAUUUGGACGAAGCACAUUCUAUUGGUGCAAUGGGUUCGCGUGGUCGUGGUGUUGUAGAUUAUUGGAAAUGUGAUUUUAAGGAUGUUGAUGUACUUAUGGGUACGUUUACAAAAAGUUUUGCAGCAGCUGGUGGUUAUAUUGCUGGCAACAAGGAUUUAAUUAGUCAUAUUCGAACAACAUCACAUGGCACGGCUUAUGCAACAUCAAUGAGUCCACCUGUUGUCGAACAAAUUACUUCAGUACUUCAUUUAUUACUCGAUGACAAUGAAGAGCAUGAAGGUCAUCGACGCAUCAGCCAAUUGGCAUGGAACACGCGUUAUUUUCGACAACGUCUUACAAAAAUGGGUUUCAUUGUCUAUGGUCAUCCGCAUUCACCUGUUGUGCCAGCUUUAUUGUAUAGUCCAUCGAAAAUUGCAGCAUUUAAUCGUGAAAUGUUAAAACGUGGUGUUGCCGUUGUUACUGUUGGUUUUCCAGCUACACCAUUAGUACUUGGUCGUGUUCGUUUUUGCCUUUCAGCAUCUCAUACUAAAGAAAUGCUUGAUGAAGUACUUAAACAUGCUGAAGAAGUAGGUGAUUUACUCAAUAUGCGUAAAUCGAAAUUAAAUCCGAAGCGACCAUUUCAUGAAACAGAAGUAUAA